GGAGAUAAUAAGAGGUUUGAGCAGCUCAAUGGUAGACGAGGGGAUAUGAAAGUUAAAAAGGGCGUUGACAUUCUUUGGGAUGUCCCCAGGCAAUCCUAUUUUAAGAAAGGGAGUUUCCAUGAAAAAUCUCUUUAAAAUAUAUGAGAAACACAUCACACCUGCCCUUUGUCAAACUGUUGCAGAAAGCCGUUCCGCCAUCAUGUCUGGACUGCAGCCUCUUGAGAAGAGCCUCCUGGAAAUCAUUGCGCUCUUCAGCAGAUACGCCAAGAAAGAGGGGCACACGAAAACACUGUCCAAGAGGGAGGCUUCAGAACUGAUCAGCAAGGAGCUGCCCAACUUCAUGGGGAAAUGUGAUCCCAAGAACGUUCCCGAUUUGGAUGGAGAUGGUGAAAUGACCUUUGAAGAAUUCACAGUGAUGAUCCUGACGGUGGCCAAUGCCUUCAAUGAGAUGAUCAAUUCAUACUGAGGACAAGUCAGGAGACACCUGGUGUGCCUUUACAGAAAUAAAAACCCAACAAAACUGAA